AUGCCCUGCCCCGCCUGUUUAGUGGGCCUCUUCUGCUUUGUGAAGGGGCACCAGCAGCAGGUGGCACAGGCCGUGGAGCGUGCCAAGCAGGUCACCAUGACGGAGCUAAACGCCAUCAUCGGGGUACGUGGACUCCCCAAUCUGCCUCUCACCGAGGGAGUGGACCAGCCCAUCUCCCUGGGCCAGAAAGCACUGGGAGGCUGGGGUCAGAGGGGCAGAAGCAUGCUGGUAGCUCCCGACACUCCCGUCCCGCCUCUGGGACCUGUGUCGGUUGUGUCCUGGGGUCAGUCCCGGGGCAGUCACGCAGUGCUGUUGCGGGAGGGCACCGGCGGAGAAAGAGAAUCCAGCGCGAAUAACUCGGUGUCGCCCUCGGAAAGCCUCCGGGCCAGUGAGAAGCACCGGGGCUCCGCAGACUACAGCAUGGAAUCCAAGAAGCGGAAAGCAGAGGAGAAGGAUAGUCUGAGCCGAUACGACAGUGACGGGGACAAGAGUGAUGAUCUGGUGGUGGAUGUUUCCAAUGAGGACCCAGCGACGCCGCGGGUCAGCCCAGCACACUCCCCUCCUGAGAAUGGGCUGGACAAGGCCCGAGGCCUGAAGAAGGAUGCCCCCACCAGCCCCGCCUCAGUGGCCUCGUCCAGCAGCACACCCUCCUCCAAGACCAAAGACCUUGGUCAUAAUGACAAAUCCUCUACCCCUGGGCUCAAGUCCAACACGCCUACUCCGAGGAACGAUGCCCCGACUCCAGGCACCAGCACCACCCCAGGGCUCCGGUCGAUGCCGGGCAAACCUCCAGGCAUGGACCCGAUAGGUAUAAUGGCCUACUCGUUUCACGUGAGCGCCGAUGGGCAGAUGCAGCCUGUGCCCUUCCCCCACGACGCCCUGGCGGGCCCCGGCAUCCCACGGCACGCCCGGCAGAUCAACACGCUGAGCCAUGGGGAGGUGGUGUGCGCCGUGACCAUCAGCAACCCCACGCGGCACGUCUACACAGGCGGCAAGGGCUGCGUGAAGAUCUGGGACAUCAGCCAGCCGGGCAGCAAGAGCCCCAUCUCCCAGCUGGACUGCCUGAACAGGGACAACUACAUCCGCUCCUGUAAGCUGCUUCCCGACGGGCGCACGCUCAUCGUGGGCGGGGAGGCCAGCACACUCACCAUCUGGGACCUGGCCUCCCCCACACCCCGCAUCAAGGCCGAGCUGACCUCCUCGGCUCCCGCCUGCUACGCCCUGGCCAUCAGCCCCGAUGCCAAAGUCUGCUUCUCCUGCUGCAGCGACGGGAACAUUGCCGUGUGGGACCUGCACAACCAGACCCUGGUCAGGCAGUUCCAGGGCCACACAGACGGGGCCAGCUGCAUAGACAUCUCCCACGAUGGCACCAAGCUGUGGACCGGAGGCCUGGACAACACUGUGCGCUCCUGGGACCUCCGGGAGGGCCGGCAGAGGAGCUGAACCUAGUCUGGCUCCUCCCCCCUGCAGAUCUUCUCGCUGGGCUACUGCCCCACCGGGGAGUGGCUGGCCGUGGGCAUGGAGAGUAGCAACGUAGAGGUGCUGCACCACACCAAGCCCGACAAGUACCAGCUGCACCUGCACGAGAGCUGCGUGCUCUCCCUCAAGUUCGCCUACUGCGGCAAGUGGUUCGUGAGCACUGGGAAGGACAACCUCCUCAACGCCUGGAGGACCCCGUACGGAGCCAGCAUAUUCCAGGUCCAUAAGACCUUCGGGUUACUUCCUAAUGACUUGAAGCACUUAGAAGAGCGCUGUGAAGAAAGGGCCCAGCCUACCACGUGGUGCCAGGGCGUCUUCUUCCUGCGGAAGGUGGACAUUCUCAGAAAGAGCCCCACUUCCCCGCAGAAGCCUGAGGGGCUGCCGGCUGAGGCAGAGGCGGGUGGCCCUGCGGGUUCCCUGCAGUCACGGGGAGACACAGCAGAGGCAGUGCUGAGGAUCCGGGCCAUUCCGACCACAGCAGCUCCACCCUCUACCCCUCUGGUCCGCAUGGUGACGCACAACCCCGAGUCCCAGGAACCAGGUCACGUGGUGAAGGUGCCGCAUCGGAGGGGGGCUCAGAAGAGCUGCGGUGUGGCCAAGGACACGCAGCUGGCGGUGGCCAAGGACAUCUCCCAAGUCUGCUCCCGUCGUAGCAGGGGGGAGGAGCCCCCCGGCCUGCUUAUUUUCUCUACCGAGGUAGAUAUGGCCGCAGAACUGUGA